AUGGUUCUACCCCCAGGAUUUAAAAGUGAUAAGCCCAAUCAAGUCUGCAAAUUGUUGUGGUCUUUAUAUGGUCUAAGACAGGCAAAUAGACAAUGGAAUGCCAAGCUCACAAAGGCAUUGCAAAACUGUGGUUUCCAACAGUCCACUGCUGAUCCUUCACUGUUUACUAAGUCUACAAGUGAUUCUUACCUUGCUUUGCUUGUAUAUGUAGAUGAUAUCCUUGUGGCAGAAAGUGGGUUUUUGGAUGCCAAACCUGCUAAGACGCCGUGCAUCACAGGACAAAAACUUACAAAUCUUGAAGGAAAGUUGCUUGAAAGUCCUGAAAUUUACAGGAAAUUGGUUGGCAAGCUCUUGUAUUUAACCAAUACAAGACCUGAUAUCACCUUUGCUGUCCAGCAUUUGAGUCAAUUUGUAGAUAAACCAAGAAAUGCACAUUUGGUGGCAGCUCACAGGGUAUUGAGAUAUCUCAAGGGGUCACCAGGCAAAGGAUUGUUCUAUACUUCUAAGUCUCAAAUCAAACUCCAAGGCUUUUCUUAUUCAGACUGGGCAACAUGUGCUGAGACUAGGAAGUCUGUCACAGGGUACUGUAUUUACCUUGGGAAUUCCCUCAUUUCCUAG